AUGCAACAAAGAUAUGAUGUAAUUGCCGCUCUAUCUUAUACCCUGGAUCCACAUUCGGUGGUAGCCACUUCGUCUUCGGUCUCAAUGAUGUUGAAACCCUCAAAAUUAGGUCUAACCUAUGCUGAGGUAUUAGGUGGUCACUCCUCGCCCAACGAAAGUCAAACUCAAAAAAGCACAAGUCCGGUUUAUGAAGGUCAAACUGUUACAACAGAAAAAGAAAUGCCUAAAGUGCAGGAAAAUGUUAAAACAGAAGAAUAUAUUGAUGAGUUUGGCAAUAAACGCACAAUAAUUACCACCACCACAAAGACCACCACCAGCUCGACCACCACUACCAACCUACCAAACGAAUAUCAAUUGUAUAAGGCUCGUGAAAGUAAUAGGGAAUAUAAGGAAAAUGUUGCACAACAUGAAUUAAAGGUGGACAGUGAAUAUGAUUAUAAUGUUCCUACUAAAUUAGAAGACCCCCAACAACAACAACAACAACCACAAGUUUAUAGACAAGAACCGCAGGUCGGUAAGCAUCAUAUACAAGUGCCUAGAGAGCAGCAAAGAGGUCGUUCACCUAGACGUAAGCAACACAAACCAACACAACGUCAUCAACCAAGCGGUAAGGAACAAACAGAAAUUAAGAUAGAAACCACUAGCACACCCCACUAUGAAACGAAAACCAGUGUUAGUGAACAACAUACCAGAACAACAACAACACAAUUAUUGUUGCCCGAACAAGAUAGAGCACGCUCAAAGAGCCCCAUAUGGGUGCCAGGUUCCACCUCAUAUGCUGAAGUAUUAAGAGGUUUGGAAUUGGAAAGACUAAGACAGCAAUCACUAAAAGAAAAUGCUAUGUUGCAACAACAGCAACAGGAACAACAACAACCUCAAUAUGACUUACAAAUAGAAACUCGUGUAAUACCGCAAGAAACGGUUACAGAAAAGGUGCAGGCGCCUUUACAAAAACCCACAACGGUUAAUCAAACUGAGGUUACAAGCGCAACAACAACAACGACAGCAACAGCAACAAGUAUGUUAAACUAUUACACUGAAAAUGUACAGCCUUCAUCCUCAUCAGCCUCAUCUACAUCGCCGCUGCAACAAGAAUCGGUGGCUAUGCAGGAAAUCGUUAGCACUCAUAGCCUAACUGAUGCAGGCACCACCUAUACUAGUACUUACAAUACGAACAUUCCCAUGACGGCUGAGGAAAUACAAGCCACUUACUUGCAGCCAGAUCUUAAACUCUAUCAGUCAAUGUAUGAAAAUUUGACCGACAGUGAACAGUGGGGUUAUGUGACUCCAGCACCAGUGGUGCCGGUGCAACAAUCACCAUCUGAUACUUUCUAUGAGCAAAUGAUGCAAGUGCAAUAUACACAACCCACUGCUAUGACAACCACUUAUACGGGUUAUCAAUAUCCUACACAAGCGGCGCAAUACCAAUUGGUAGCUGCUACCGCCGGUUAUUAUAAUCCCCAACAAACUCAAACACCAACGGAGGCCUAUCAUUCCGUUUAUGCCCCCACUACAGAACAAAUGUAUUACAAUCAACAGGCCCCACAAAGCGAUUAUCAACAAUAUGCUUAUGAACAAGUGGCCCAGGCUGUUCAACAACAGCAACAACAACAACAACAGCCUCAAACUGAAACAUAUCAAAAUGUUUUAAAUGAUCCUUUGCAGGUUGAGUCCACUUUAAAUAAUGUUGAAACCACUUUAGCCUCCAUGAUUCAACAGACAACUGUUACAUCUACUACUACUACUACACAUAUGCAAACUCAACAAGAGGAAGUGGCUCUGUAUGAGCCCCAAGAGAUACAGGUUGAAGAACCUAUACCCGAUAUAACAUUCGGACAAUUUGAUAUUAAUGAAAUUGAAAAUAUACCACAAGAAAACACUAUGCCACAGACUGAUAAUGUUACCCCAGUAACAGAGAGCAUAGUGGAAACUGUACCACAAACUCAAGCACAGAGUCAAACUCAAACACAUACUCAAACACAUACUCAAGAGUAUGUGACUUAUGUGCCGGAACCCGCGUAUCAGCAACAAGCCCAAAUUGUAGAAAAACCAGAACCGCAAAUAGCGGGCACUACAUAUGCCGAAGUUUUAUUCGGCUUAAAACAUGGCCAACAUUUCCAGCCAUCCAGCCAACAACAGGUCCAUGUUAAAGUUAUGCAAACAACACAACCACAACAAAUUAAAAAACCAACAACAACAACAUCAAACAAUCAGACAACACACUCCCAACCCCAAGAAACGAUUACGACAACAUUAACAACGACAACAACGACUGUGACGAACAAACAACAUAAAACUAAACAACAACAACACCAACAACAAAGAUUCAAAUCUCCUGCUGAUCAUUUACACAGAUCAGGAGACGAGAGUCGUCCAAAAUCGCAAACGCGUCAUACAGAGAAAUUUAUGAAAGAAAUGAUAACGGGCCAUUCAAAUGUUUAUGGAGAGACCACGGUGGUAGAGUCAAAGCCACACAAAACGACAUCUACUGCCCUGGAAACAUUUGAAAAGCCUGAGGAAGUACAUAAACCCAAAGCUAAGAAACCGAAAAAAUCUCGAGAAGAAACCGCAAAACCCGUCUCUUUACAAGACUUUUUAAAUAUUGAAAAACAACACGUGACCGAACAACACUACUCACGAACAACUGUUGAAAGUCAACAACAGAAAAACACUAGCUCGGAACACAAGAAAGACAAAACCAAGGAAGCGAACAAGAAAAAGGUUAAACCAGAAACUGUUACUUCCAAAGUUGAACCCGCUAAGGAACAACCCAAACCGGAGGUUGGCAAAAAAGAUAACAACACCAAAUCCUUGGCUGAUGUUGUUAAAGGUGAGAUAACCGAUUUAGUGGGAAAAUUGUUGCCCUCCAAGAAGAGCAAAAAAGAUAACAGCAAAAAGGAAACAGUAGAAGCUCCGGUCACCACUGUAGAGGUGACAGAAACUAAAGUUGUCAAAGACAAAAAAGAAAAACCUAAAAAAGAGCAAACUUCUACUACUGUUGAAGUUUCGGAAACUAAACCUAUUAAAGACAAGAAAGAUAAAACUAAGAAGGAACAAGUGGAACCACCUGUUACUGUUGCUCCCACUGAAAUUAAAGAAACCAAACCUGUUCAAGAUAAAAAAGACAAAACUAAGAAAGAACCAGUAACAGCAAACACUCCCACAGAAACUUCAGAAACCAAACCCGUAAAAGACAAAAAAGAGAAAACUAAAAAGGAGCAACAACCUCAAGCUCCAGCAGUAGAGGUUGCAGAAACUAAACCUGUUAAGGAAAAGAAAGAUAAAAAUAAGAAAGAUCAAGCACCAACACCAGUAACUACGGUAGAGGUUGCGGAAUCAAAACUUAGUGAUAUUAAAUCCGAAGUUAAACAUGAAAGUGUUGUCCAGGCAACAUCCACAACAACAACAACUACAACCAUGAAAAACUCUACUACUCAGUUUAUUGAAAGCGAAAAACAAACAGCGGUAAGCCAAACUAAGGAUAAGAAAACUAAAAAGGCUCCAGAAACCGAAAAACCUAAAACUGUAGAACCACUAGAAGAAACUCAGCAACCAAAGAGUAAAUCAAAGAAAAAGUCUCAAGACAAAACUAAAGCUCCUCUAGAGGAAGCUACAGAACCUAAACCACAAGAGAAAUCCUCUGAAAAGACAGUUGAGAAAGUUACAGAACCUUCCACCAAACCACAAGAGAAAUCUUCUAAAAAGACAGUUGAGAAAGUUACAGAACCUUCCGACAAACCACAAGAGAAACCUUCCGAAAAGUUAGUUGAGGUUGUAGAGGAACCACAAGAGAAACCCUCUGAAAAGACAGUUGAGGAAGUAAAAGAACCUUCCACCAAACCACAAGAGAAACCUUCCGAGAAGAUAGCUAAGGUGGUAGAAGAACCACAAGAGAAACCCUCUGAAAAGACAGUAAAGGAAGUAACAGAACCUUUCACCAAACCACAAGAGAAGCCCUCUGAAACGACACUUAAGGUGGUGGAAGAACCACAAGAGAAACUUUUCGAAAAGAUAGUCAAGGUGUCGGAAGAGCCACAGGUGACUGAAGUUAACACAGAACCUAGUAGUACCACUAAGGUAACCAAAACUAGUGAAGUCACCGAAUCUGGAGCCAUACUAACCACCACAACGGUUACCAAACAUAUUAAAAAGAGAAUCGUUAAAAUAAUCGUAGACGGUCAGGAGCAAAUUAUAGAAGAAGAAGUGGUAGAUGAUGCACCACAAGAAAAUGUUACCGUCGAAAAGAUUAAUUUGCCAGAGAGCGCCGAUAUUACAGGUGGCAGUGUUACUAGCACGGUUCUGAAAUCGGGCGGUACAGUAACGAAAACCGUUAUUACCAAAACUAAACGUUUAAUAAAACGUAUUUUAGAAAAUGGUGAAGAAAUAGUCGAAGAGGUAAUGGAAGAUGAACCUCAAGUUGAACAACAAGUUACUGAGUUGCCUACAACCACAGAAACUAUUGUACAAACGGUAUUGGAAGAUAAACCCAAAACAGAGAAAACAGUUGCCCAAGAAUACGAAAAAAUGAUUAAGGAACCACAACAAGUCGAAGAGGUAGUACAGGAACCUAAAACAUCCAGUCCUAAAAAGGUUAAAGGCAAAAAAGAUAAAACUAAACCUACUGCUACUGCUCCUAAAUCUGUAGAACCAGAGAAUGGUAUUGAAAAGAAGGAAGAACCUAAACAAGAGGUUAACAUUCCCUCAAAGAGCGAAGAAGAACAUACUACAAUAACUCCUGAAACUCAAGUUACAGAAACUUUGAAAUACCCAGAAACUGCUGAAAUGCCAAAGGAAAUUAUUGCUGAAAAUCAAACUGAAGAGUUUAAUCAAAAAGUUCAAACAACCGCAACCUCUUUCACACAGAUUGUACAAGGUGGCACCAUAACAAAGACCGUUACUACCACCACUAAACGUUUUAUAAAGACCAUUAAUGAAAAUGGUGAAGAAAUCACUGAAGAAGUAUGCGAAGAAGAACCAACAGAGGAAAUUAUUGAAAAUAUAAGUCAACCUACGGAAAUGUCUACAAUUGAAACUGAAACUCAUUCCAAACAGGAAGAAAAGAAAGAAAAGGUAAUCCAAGAAAGUGUGAAAGAAAUCAUUGAAAAUAUAAAGCAACCUUCGGAAAUGGAUGUUAUCGAUAGUGAAAUCAAACCUGAAAAGGUAGAACAAACUCAAGAAGUUAAACAACAAACUCCAGUAGAAGAAAAACCCAAGGAAACAGUAACUGAUACUACAACAACAAUCCAGGAACAACCCUUGGAUACGGCAUUUACACAAAUAGUUCAGGGAGGAACAAUUACCAAGACAUUUACAACCAUCACUAAACGUAUCAUAAAGAGAAUUAAUGAAAACGGUGAAGAGAUCAUUGAAGAGGUAAUCGACGAAGAACCUAAAGUUACCCAAAUGACAUCAGAAUUGCCCACCACGGUUAAAAUGUCGGAAAAUAUUGGCACAAAUGACUUGACUUCCACCACUACCUCACAGGUAACAAGUGGCGGUGUUAUAACACGCACCCUAACCACCAUAACUAAACGUAUAGUGAAACGUAUUAACGAGAAAGGUGAAGAAGUUAUCGAAGAAAUCUAUGAUGAAGAACCUGUCGUUACUCAAGAAGUUUCUAAACUUCCCACCAAGGUGGAAACAUUUGUAAUGUCUAGUCCUCAGGAGGAAACUCAAAUUGUAGAUAAUACACAAAGGAUUUCCGAAUCCACUAACACCGCUCAAGUAAUUGAGGGAGGUACCAUAACACGCACCUUGACUACAAUUACCAAACGUAUUAUUAAACGUAUUAACUCGAAGGGUGAAGAAAUCACCGAAGAAGUUUACGAUGAAGAACCUCAAGUUACUCAAGAAAUAUGCGAACUUCCAAUAACCACAAAAACUGUUACGGUACCAGCAACUGUUACCUCUGUUUCCUCUGUACCCACAACAACAAGUAUAACAUCUUCACAAGUUAUACAGGGUGGUAAAAUCACAAAAACUUUGACUACCACCACGAAACGCAUAAUCACAAGAAUUAAUGAACAUGGUGAAGAGGUCACUGAAGAAGUCAUUGACGAAGAACCCGUAGUAACACAAGAAGUUACUGAGUUGCCAAUUACAACUGAACAAAAUGUAGUGAAAACUCAGGAAAUUCAACAAGACAUACCCAAACCAUUCUCGGCACCUCUGCAGCCAUUCGAUGAAAGUAUUGCUGUAAAACAAGUAGAAGAAAAAGAGUCUGUACCAGUUUCAGAAACUCCAGAAUCUACAACCUCUACACAAGAAGAAGAAGAACAAGAUGGUGGAGUAAUUAAAACUACCAUUAUACGUACUACCAAAAAGGUUAAGAAAAUCAAAACUGAUGAAACUGAAACAACCGAAACUGAUGCCGCAACAAAAUUGUCAACUGAAGUUGUUGAGGAUGAACCUAAGGUUGUACAGAAACCAGUAAAAGAGGAAAAACCACAGCCUGAAACAAUUAAAGAAACUAAAACUGAAGUUCCCACAGAAACAUCUGAGGUAAACGAUAACACGGAUGAGGUUAUCAAAAAGACCAUUGUGCGCACUACCAAGAUUGUCAAAAAGAUUUCACAAAAUACUGAACACGAAAGCGUUUCCCAAGAAGAACCGAGCCAACAGUUACGUAAUGUUGAGUCUCCUAAUCUUAAGGUAGAAGAACCAACAAAUAUUACAGAGCCUUCCGAUGCGGUAUGUGUUGAUAACGAGUCUGGUGGUGUGGUCAAAACCACAACUAUACGCACUACAAAGAUCGUAAAACGUAAACCACAAGAUGAGGAAGUUUCAGAAGAGCAAUCCUCUGAAACCCAAGAAGAACCCGAACAGAAACUUACAAUUGUUGAAGAGCCCAGCGAGGUGGUUAGUGUUACUAACCAAAUGGAUGGUGCUAUUAUUAAAACCACCACCAUACGCACUAUGCGCAUUAUUAAGAAAAUCUCUCAAGAUGGUCGUAUUGUCUUGGAAGAGAGCGAUACACCUGACGAUGUCAUAGUUAAGAGUUCAAUUGAAAUGCCAGAUCAGACACCCUCCCCCUCUAUUACAAGAAGUAGCAGUAGUACUAGUGUUCCCAUUGUAGAUUCUCCUAAACCCCAUGAAAUUGUCUUAACAGGUCUAGAUAAUAUUUCAACGACUGUAGAAAAUCCGUCCUCGCCCUCAGGCAUUAGAGUACUUGGUAUCGAAACAGUACCUGUAACAAUCACACAAAAUACCUCGACCCUUGAUAUGUCAUCAUUAGGGUCAUCAUCGACCACUACUACCACUACCACAACUACCUCAAAAAUGUCUAAACUUACAAUGUCCCAUAAAUAUAGUUUUGAAUCUGACGAUGGUAAGAAUGUUGUAUAUGUAGGUGACGAUUUGGGUGGUAAAUAUCCACCUGGAUCUGUACAGAAGAUUUCGCUAAUAACUCACGAGGAAAAACUUAAGAAUCCCAUCGUUAAAAUGCAUUUAGAUUUGCCUGAAGUUAGUCUUAAAGUUACCGAAACCGUUACCGAUAAUUACGAACACUCACAAAGAGAUUUAGAACAACGCGAAUCCGAAGAGAAACUUAUAAUGGUUUCCAAGGAAGAAAAACCACAAUUAGUUGAAGAUACUAAGGUAAUAGUAGAGGAAACACAUAAUUUGGUUAGUGAAGUUUCACAAGAAACUGAAGAGACAGUUAAAAAUGUAGAACAAGUUUCUACCGUUGUAGAACAAUCAGUUGUUGAACAGUUAGAGGAAUCCAAAAAGGAAAUAGUUCAAAAUGUAGAAGAUGUUACUACCGUUGUAGAACAGGUUUCUGCUGUAGAAAAUGUUGAGGAAUCCAAGAAGUUAGAUAUUGUAGAAGAAAAGGUUGUUGAACAAAUUAAGGAAGAAAUUGUCAUGACUCCUGAAGAGGAAAGCCUCUUUAAGGAAAUUCAAAGAAAAUUAGCUAAGAAAGAUAAGAAAAAGAGACCUGCUUUACCCGAAGAAUUCCUUAUGGCUGAAGCCACUAAGGAAUCUUCAGAACCUGAGCAGAAAUCAGUUGUAGUCGAAUCGGAAGUUAUUAAUGAACCAACUGUUAUACCCCAAAAACAAGAAGAAGAGCAAAAUGUUACACUUCUUUCUAGUACUAAUGAAAUUGUUGUUGUUCCUAAAGAUGAGUCAAAUUAUAUAGAUAAAUGUAUAACAAUGGUAAGCACCAUAGAAACUGCUAAACAGCUUGCAACUAACCUCAACAGCAUUAGUCCGUCCGCUUUGUGUUAUGAAAUUCCUAAAUACUAUUUGCCUCAAUUGCUCUUGGCUGAACGCAGUUAUCACACACUAAUCAAACAAGGUAAUGAGCAAUUUACAAGUGAACAAACACCAACUACGUCGACAAACACCAACGAACAAGUAGCAGAAGUAGAGAAGCCUUAUAAGGCACCUUUACAACCAUUCCCCGAAGAUAAAACAGAGCUCAACGUCACCGAGGAUAAUAGAGAGCUGUCCACUACUACAACAGUCAUCACAACUACUACAACUACUACCACAUCAACCGUUACGAGCAGUGACGAAAUUUCCCAUGAAUUGUCUACACAAAAUAAUUUCUAUAACUUUGAAGUACCUAAAUAUAAUAUUGGUCACUUGAACGAAGCCGAAAAGGUUUUGGUUCUUACUAGGAAAUCUGAAGUUCAACCCAAGGUUGAUGAUACCAAGGAUGAACCUGCUGUUACAUCUGAUGUAACUGAAACUACCGAAAAGAUUGAAUCAACGACUACAGAAACAUUGGUUGAACAACAAAAUGUUACAUCAACCACGGAAAUUGUUAGAGAAGAUAUUUCGGUUGUAAAAGAAGAAACUUCUACCGAAUUGGAUACAGUAACACCGGAAGAUGUUGUGAAACACUUCGAAGUACCCAAAUACGAUUUGAAAUCCUUUAACAAGGCCGAAUCGCAAAUGGUACUCAUUGAAACUCCUAAGCCAGUAGAAAAAGAAACUGAAAUCGAAACACCCGAAAAAUCAACUCCAGUUACACCUGCUGAGGUAGACAAACCUAAAACUGAAGAUAUUGUUGAUGUACCAGAAAAACCAUACUCAGCACCUUUACAGCCCAUGGAAGAGGUUAAACCAACUCAACCUUCAACAGCUGAACCUUCAACGGUUGAAACUGAAAAGGAGUCUGUACAAAAUAUUUGUCACUUUGAAGUGCCUAAAUAUAAUUUGAAAUCCUUUAAUUUGGCCGAAACACAAAUGAUACUCACAAACAUUUCGGAAGCAGUAGUACCAGAAACUGAAAUCAAAUCCGAAGAAGUUACUAAAGUACCAGAAACAACUGUUGUAGAGCCAGAACAACAGCCAACAACAGAACAACCAACUCAAACUUUAAUUUCGGAAACUGUAACAGAAGUAACAGAAACAACUCAAGAUAUUCUUCAACACUUUGAAGUACCCAAAUAUGAUGUGAAAUCCCUUAAUAAGGCUGAAUCUCAAAUGGUUAUUUCAAAAACUGAAACACCAGUUAAGGAAGUUCAGAUCGAAUCGGAUAAAACUGUUAUUGAAGUUUCCGAAAAACCAACUCCAGCCACAACAGAAGAACCACCUUUACAACAACUACAGGAAGUUGAAACAACACAACAAGUUUUACCUGCAGAACCAUCAACAGAUAUUGUUGAAAACAUCUGCCACAACUUUGAAGUACCUAAAUACAAUGUGGUAUCAUUAAACAAAGCUGAAAGCCAUAUGAUUACCACCUUGAAAAAUGUUGUUCAAACUGUGGAACAAACAGUUAUUUCAGAACCUAAGGCUGAGCCUGAAAUCACCGAAAAGAAACCGGAAGAAAAGCCUUUAACUGAAUCAACUCAAACAACAACAACUGAAGAAAAGGUAAUUGAAGUAGUUUCUACAGAGAUUAAAGAAGCUCCUAAAGAGGAAACUAAACCCGCCUAUGCUGGCCUUCCCGUCGAUGAAUCUACCAAUGCUUGGAUGGAUGUUAUCGAUGAGCCAAUGGUAUUCUCUGAUGAUGAAGAAGAAACUACAGAACCCGAAAAGGUUACUGAAGUUGAAGCAAAGAAACCUGAAGAAAAGCCUACUUCUACCGAAUCAGUUCAAACAACAACUGUAGAAAAGGUAGUAGAAGUAGUUUCUGCAGAAAUUAAAGAAGCUCCUAAAGAGGAAACUAAGCCCGCAUAUGCUGGCCUUCCCGUGGAUGAAUCCACUAAUGCUUGGAUGGAUGUUAUCGAUGAGCCAAUGGUAUUCUCUGAUGAUGAUGAAGAAGAAAUAACAAAAACAACUGAAACUGUUAUAACCGAAGAGAAGCAUGAAGUUGCUACAGCGGAAGAUGUAACCCAAACAGUUAGUGAUUCUACAAAAACAGUUGAAAUAUCUGAGAAACCCGAAAAAUUGGAAUCUGAAACUAAAAAGCCAUUCGAGGCACCACUUGAGCCAAUUACCACUACAGAAGUUAAAGAAACUCCCAAAGAUGUUAGUAAACCUGCUUAUGCUGGUCUUCCCGUCGAUGAAUCUACCAAUGCUUGGAUGGAUGUUAUCGAUGAGCCAAUGGUAUUCUCUGACGAUGAAGAAGAAACUACAGAACCCGAAAAGGUUACUGCCAUUGAAACAGAGAAACCAGAAGAUAAGCCAGUGACUGAAACUACAACUGAGGUGGUUUCUACAGACAUGAAAGAGGCUCCAAAAGAUGUUACUAAACCCGCUUAUGCUGGUCUUCCCGUGGAUGAAUCCACUAAUGCUUGGAUGGAUGUUAUCGAUGAGCCAAUGGUACUCUCGGACGAUGAAGAAGAAGUUGCUAAAUCCGAAACAACUACCGAAGUUGAAACAACUGAAACUGUUAUAACCCAAGAAAGUAAAAUAACUGAAGUUGAGAGAACAGUAGUUGAAAAGGAUGUAACUCAAACUGAUUCUACAGAAACAAUUGAAGUAUCUGAGAAACUAGAAAAAUUGGAAACUGAAACUAGCAAACCAUUCGAUGCUCCACUUGAGCAAAUUACUUCAGUAGAACCCGAAAAGGUUUAUGUAGUUAAAACAAUAAAACCAGAAGAAGAACCCGUAACUCAACCUGAAGUGGUUCCUACAGAAAUUAAAGAAACUCCUAAAGAUGUUACUAAGCCCGCUUAUGCUGGCCUUCCCGUGGAUGAAUCCACCAAUGCUUGGAUGGAUGUUAUCGAUGAGCCAAUGGUAUUCUCUGAUGAUGAGGAGGAAGAAACUACAGAACCCGAAAAGGUUGCUGAAGUUGAAGAAAAGAAACCCGAAGAAAAGCCUACCACUGAAUCAGUACAAACAAUAGCUGAAGAAAAGGUAGUUGAAGAGGUUUCUACAGUCAUCAAAGAAACACCUAAAGAUGUAACUAAACCCGCAUAUGCUGGCCUUCCUGUCGAUGAAUCCACCAAUGCUUGGAUGGAUGUUAUCGAUGAGCCAAUGGUACUCUCGGACGAUGAAGAAGAAGUUGCUAAAUCUGAAACAACUACCGAAGUUAAAACAACUGAAACUGUUAUAACCCAAGAAAGUAAAAUAACUGAAGUUGAGACAACAGUAGUUGAAAAGGAUGUAACUCAAACUGAUUCUACAGAAACAAUUGAAGUAUCUGAGAAACCAGAAAAAUUGGAAACUGAAACUAGCAAACCAUUCGAUGCUCCACUUGAGCAAAUUACUUCAGUAGAACCCGAAAAGGUUGAUGUAGUUGAAACAAUAAAACCAGAAGAAAAACCCGUAACUCAACCUGAAGUGGUUCCUACAGAAAUUAAAGAAACUCCUAAAGAUGUUACUAAGCCCGCUUAUGCUGGCCUUCCCGUGGAUGAAUCCACCAAUGCUUGGAUGGAUGUUAUCGAUGAGCCAAUGGUAUUCUCUGAUGAUGAGGAAGAAACUACAGAACCCGAAAAAGUUGCUGAAGUUGAAGAAAAGAAACCCGAAGAAAAGCCUACCACUGAAUCAGUUCAAACAACAGCUGAAGAAAAGAAACCCGAAGAAAAGCCUACUACUGAAUCGGUUCAAACAACAACUGAAGAAAAGGUAGAUGAAGAGGUUUCCACAGGCAUUAAAGAAACUCCUAAAGAUGUUUCUAAACCCGCUUAUGCUGGUCUUCCCGUGGAUGAAUCCACCAAUGCUUGGAUGGAUGUUAUCGACGAGCCAAUGGUAUUCUCUGAUGAUGAAGAAGAAAUCACUAAAACUACUACUGAUAUUAAAACAACUGAAACAGUCAUAACGCAACAAAGUAAAAUAACUGAAGAGAAACACGAAGUUGCGACAACAGUGGUUGAAGAAGAUGUAACCAAAACAGUUACUGAUUCUACUAAAACAAUUGAAGUAGCUGAGAAACCUGAAAAAUUGGAAACUGAAAGUAACAAGCCAUACGAUGCUCCACUUGAGCCUUUAACGGCCCAAGAACCUAAGGCAGUUGAUGAUGAACAACCUUCAGAUAUUGUUGAAAAGCCAUUACCAACAAUGAAGCAAGAAGUUGAAACAAUUGUUGAAACCACAACAACAUCAACUGAAUUCAUCGAAACACUUGAAUCAGAAGAUCAAAAACCUACGGAAGAUAAUGCUGUUAUUACCAAAUCAGAAGAUCAACUUGUUGAAGAUACUAGUGCUUACACUAAAAAUGAAUGGAGUAAUGUUGUCCAUGAUGAGCCUAAAGAAUCAAUUCAGCCAGUAUUUAAACAAACCCAAUGGACCGAUACUCCCGAUGAGCCUAUCGAUCAUCAACAGGACGAAAAGACAAUUAUCGAUACCUGGUCUAGUGUGUUGGAAGAUAAUACACCUAGCAUAUCUUCCAUAGCUUUGACAUCGAAACUUUCACCAAAUGCACCAGAGUUUACGCCUUCGUACUUGCGUCAUGCUUUCUCUGAUCAAACACAUACAUUCUUGGCAAAUGAAAGAAUCUAUAACGAAUUCGUUCCUAGAAAUAAGCAGGCCACUAAACCAAGAAGACAAGAAAAGCCACAACACUCAGCAAAACCAAAGAAACAUUCGAAAUCGCCUAAACAUAGCCAAGAAAGAGUUCCUAAACCAGAAAAGGUUGAGAAAUUCUCAGAUGUUUUCGAAACAGUACAACAUAAGACAACUGAAGUUUAUGAACCCGAACCUAAACCUGUAUUUGAGGAAACUAAUGUUUGGCAGACAAUUCCACAUGGUAAAACUUAUGCCGAUAUAUUGUUAGGUGAAAAUGGACAACCUCUGGAGAGUCAACCGACAACAAUUGUAACAACUAAAGUUGUUAAAACUGAAGAAGUUUUGACUCAAGAAAGAAAGGAAAGUGGAGACAAAAAGUCACCUAAAGUUCAUGAGCCUAAAGUUAUUGAAACUUCUGAAGUGAAAACUAAAACCACCAAGAAAGAAAAACCCAAAAAGGAGAAGAAACCAAAACAAGCUCCUGUCAAACCGGAUGAAACUGUUAAAGACAUUAAACCUACUGUUGUUGAACCAGAAAAAGUUGUGGAGGUCUCAGAAACUAAAGAGCAACAUACUGAAAAUAAGGAUAAAACUACAGUUUCUAAAACUGAAUUUUCUUGGGCUUCACUUGUACAAAAACCAGGUGAAUGGAUUGACAAUACAUUGUUGAAGAAGCAAAAACCAGAACCUGAAGAAAAGAAGGAAGAACCCAAAGAAACUAAGAAACCAGAAACGAAAAAGACAAAACCAAAGAAACAAGAACGCAAGGAACACAAAUCACCAGUUAAACCCGCUGUCGAAGAAGAAGUUUUAGAAAAGCCCACUGCCGAAGUAAUUGAAACUGUAACACUAAAACCAGAAGAAACUGUGACAGAAACCCAAGAAACUACUGAAGUUAAUACCUCAACUUGGGCUUCUCUUGUAAAACGUCCCGGUGAAUGGGUAGAUGUAGUUGCAGCUAAGGCAACCUCUGUUGUAACUAAGAAACCUGAAGUUAAACCAGUUGAAAAGACUGAACCUAAGAAAAAAUCGAAGGAUAAAAAACCAAAAUCCGAAACCAAAUUAACUUCUUCGGACUCUGAUGAAAGCGAUAAAUCUUCUAAGAAACAAAAGAAGGAAACCAAACCCAAAUCAAAGGAUGUUAGUCCUGCUAAGAAACCCAUCGACGAUGUCAUUGAAGAACCUAAGCCAAUAGUCCAAGAAGUAGUUCAAGCUCCAAAAACCAGGUGA